CACCGUCAUAUUUGCCACAAGAUCUUACUAAUGAACUCCAGGGAAGAUCACGCUAUCCGAUAACUUCUGGAGGCUUUGGAGACAUCUGGAAGUGUGAAUUAGUGAAGCCCGAUGGGACCGUCAAGGCAUGCCCAGCUUCCCCCACUUCAUACAGUUGUUAUUGACCAUGACCUAGGUAGCAGUGAAGACCAUCCGUGCUUUCGAAUCGGACAACGAGGUUCUGAUGCGGAAGAAUAGUAGGAGAGUGCGUCGCGAACUCAAAGUUUGGGGCCGUCUUAAGCAUGAUAGCAUUCUUCCACUCUGGGGAGUGGCAACUGACUUUGGACCCUAUCCCGCAAUGAUUUGCCCGUGGGCUGAUGAUGGAGCACUCACGGGCUAUCUUGAGAGGCAAGAAAGCUUGUUGUCGUCUCACGAUAAGUUCUCCCUUCUGAAUGACAUUGCUCUUGGAUUGCAAUACCUCCAUAGCAAAUCAGUUGUUCAUGGGGACCUGACGGGGUCAAAUGUCUUGAUUUCUGGCAACGGUCGGGCAUGCCUUGCUGAUUUUGGUCUCUCCACCAUCAUCCUGGAGUUUGUCGGCACCUCAUAUUUUACGAGCUCCAUCCGAGGGAAUGUCCGAUGGCUAGCUGCAGAAUUAUGUGAAGUAUCGGAGGACGACGAGGUUUCGCUCAGCACCGAGUGCGACAUAUACUCAUUCGGCAGUAUCACGCUCCAGGUAUUGACUUGUAAGGUACCCUACUACAAUGUGAAGAAGGAUAUUGCGGUGUUGGGACAAGUCAUCAAAGGUAUGAAACCGGAGCCUCCUAAGGAAUCGCAGAUAGCGGCUGGGCACUGGGAGUUCAUACAGCGAUGCUGGUCGCCUCGUGCAAGUCGUCCAUCUGUUGCAGAAAUUGUGACGUUUGUAGCGCGCGAACAACAAGCUGCGUUGUCCUAUGUAUGAGAAAGUUUUCAGCGCCUCGAGUAGCCCCG